AAGAGAUGUAUCUGAUGACAAGCCAGUACCGAUGAAAUGUGAUGUUACUUUCAAUUUCACUAUAUCCAAAUAUAACGAGUGCCGUUGUUCACCGCCAACUGGAGACGAAGGCACGUGUGGAUGGACUGCGUGGGGUGAAUGGAUAUUCAGCUCAUGUAUGCAGUCAGAUAUCCAGGAAACUGACGGUACAAUCGUUGAACCUUGUCCUGAGUAUGGAAGAAGAACAUGUAAUCGAACUAGGACUUGUACUUGUCCUACAAAUGUCGGAGAUUCGCAAUGUGUCGGAGCAUCAAUUCAACAUAAAUCAGAACAAUGCUGUAGAAUAAAGGAAGAAGAGUGUCCGCCUGAAAGUGAUCCUAGGUACGGAGGAAAUCCUCCAUUAGCCUGUUGUAGAGACAGAAAGUGGUACGUCUCUCUCGGGGGACGAGAUUAUUCUGUAAAAGAAGUGUCUGAUGACAAACCAAUACCAAUGAAAUGUGAACCUACUUUUACUUUCAACAUAAUCGAAUAUAACAAAUGUCGUUGUUUGCCUGCUCAAAAAGGAGAAUGCCCUGAUGAACCGUGGUCAAGCUGGUCAUGUCAAACAUGUCAAUGUGGUAUUGGAAAAAGAAUUUGCACACGGAUCCGGGAAAGGCGGGACUAUGGACCUGAUGAUAAUGGCGAUAUUUGUAAAGCAAUACUUCACAUGGAGCGUGACUCAAAGAAAGAGACGUGUGAGCCACGAUGUUGUUCUUGGAGUAGAUGGAGCCGCUGGAAGGGCAAUGUCUGUUCAAGCACAUGUGGGGUUGGCAGGAAAAGUCAAACUCGGAAUCGAAUUCAGAUUUUCAGUAAAAAUGGCGACUCGCAACGUUGCAAAGGGGAAUCCCAGCAAAGCAGAGUCAAGAAGUGCAAACAAAAUCCUUGUCUCAGUUGCGAAUGGUCGGAAUGGACAAUGUGGUCCAACAAAAAUGGUGAUCAGUGCUCAAGAACUUGCGGAAACGGAGUGAUCAACAAAUAUAGGGCAAGGACCAUGCAGUUUGGUACUGGAGGACUAUCGCCUGUGUGUAAUGGGGAGACAGAGCAACAGAAAACAGAUGUAUGUUAUGAGCAAGGAUGUCCUGUCUGUAUAUGGAAUAAUUGGAAAGAAUGGAGUUCUGGUGAAUGUUCUCGUACCUGUGGUUCAGGAGUUAAAACCAUAACUCGAUCGAGAUCAAAACUUUGGGGCAUAGGAGAAUUUUCAACAGACUGCCUCGGUGACGCUCAAGAUAAUAGAACAGAAACAUGUUUUAAUGAACCAUGUAA